UUAAAUUUAAGUUAUUAUGAAGCUGAGAAUGUUUAAUUUGAUAGAAUGAUGCUCAAUUUUUGGUAUUUGUGAAUAGGUUAUGUAUGAAAUAUGGGUUCUGUUAUCUAGACUCAGUUGAUGAUUUUGAGCUGUUAUGUAUGUAAUGCUCAAAGUAUGAGAUGUUGUGUGAUUGUUGAGUUCAUCAUGCAAAACAAAGGAAAUACUUUUUACUGAAUUCAGUGCAAUUAACUUGUUAUAGUACUAAAAUCAGUGAAAUUUAUUGUUGUUCUAAGAAAAUACUUAUAUUUUGUUUGUGAGCUUAACAUUAUUAGCUUAUUUUCCAUGUCAUGUCAUUCUUUACUUAUGUUGAAUCUGUUGUCUACAGACUUGUCAAGAUGUUAACUGCUAGAAUGAAGAGCUCGAAAGAUAAGUGUGAUGAACCAACAAGUUAUUUUAAGAACAACCUAAUUAUGGUCGUUGUGUUUAUUUGGUCAGUUAACUACUCGCGACCAGAGCAACCAUAAGAAUAACAAAAUGGGAGGACCUAGGUUCAUCCAAAUCAUCAACAACUACCAUGUUCAACAGGAAGAGAUUAGGAUCCCUCAAGAGUUUGUAACAGAAUAUGGAGAUGAUUUGUCUGAUCAUGCGGUUUUUAUUGUUCCCAGUGGAAUUGAGUGGUUUGUUGAAAUUAAAAGAGACUCAAACUCUGAUGGUCGCUGUGUUUAUUUUAAGAAGGGUUUAAAUGAACUAUUUGAAAGUUACUCAUUAACUUCAGGAACGUUUUUGGUGCUUAAAUACGAAGGAAUUUCGCAAUUUAAGGUUCGUAUAUGCCAGUUGAGUGGUAAAGAGGUCGACUACUCAUCCUUCCACAACAACGAUACAGAUGUUUAUUACAUCGAAGCUUCAGAUGAAGAUGGCGAUAAUGAUGAUUCUGAGGAUGAUAGCAAUGAUGAAGAACGUGAAGAAUUCAGGGAUGAUCCUGUGAGGAAGAAGAAUAGAAGUAUCACUCAUGGAAGUUUGAGGACACAAGAAAGAGCAAUUGAAAUAGAGAGGGGUUUUAAGUCAUCAAGGAACAACCCAUUCUUCACAAUUGGGUUACAACCAUCCUAUGUUAGUCACAAAUUCUUGCCCAUACCAGCAAAUUUUGAAGGAAAAGAGGAGUUGCGGAAACUGGAAAACAUAAGACUGGAUGUUGUUCCAAAUGGAGGCUCAUGGAUUGUCUUCUUAAUUACUAUGGGUCGAGGCCAGGGAAUUAGGUUUAUAAAGGUGUUCCUAGGUUUCUUAAAGACAACAAUUUGAAAAAAGGCGAUGUUUGUCUAUUUGAAAUGGUGGCUAAAAAGAAAUCUGGUUUUUAUGAAUAUGCAAGAGUUCAUAUUUUCCGUAGCUGACCGAGUUUCUGUCUUGUUCUUUCCAAGAGUAAAAGCAGUUAAAAAUUUCGGUAACUGAUGCGGUAUUAUCUGCUUUCAACAAGUCUUUUCUGUCAAUAUUUCUUGUUAUACAUGUAUGCGAGAUUACCUUUGUGUACUGCUGGCUAUUGCCGGACAAUGGUUACUUUUAUCAUCUACCUCUAAUGGAGCUUUGGUAUAUAGGCAUAUUACUAUCUAGGGGACUUUACUAGGUUCUUUUGGUCUAUCUGAUUUGGGGUGCUAUUUUAAUACUGCGGCAGUGCGGCUUAUGGAAACAAGGAUUCAUUCACAGAUAUUUUCCUUCACAUUCUGUAAUGGUUGAAUCUGCAGUUGCGAUGGGGUUAACUCAUUCUGCCCUAUCACAAUUCUGUAUUAACAUCUUACUGUAUCUAGCAAGAAGUUAUCACUCUUUGGGCUUCUUACAAGAUACCUAUGCGGUUGUCUAUCUUGUCACGCUUCUUUCUUAGCUAUUUGCAUUUGAGGAGGUAUUCAGUUAGUCAUCAGUUUCAUCUUCUCAAAUUGUAGUACUUCAUCACCGAUGGUCCAACAUUACGAGAUUCAUUUGGUUCAAAUAGAUGUUUGAAAGAUGCUUUUUAUGGAUAGUUACAAUAUAUUUUAUUGUGGGAUUUUAAUAUACUUCUUGCAUUAUGAAUCAGCUGCAAGUUCUGAUUAUCGGCAAGUGAUGCUAUAAUUCUUGAAGGUCUCUAAUGAUUUUCAGUUGCUGAGUAAAGAGAUGUUCAUCGGGAAUUCUACUGGCUUAUAACAGGCUCAUAGUCCAUGCAAUCUUGGUAUCUUUAUUUUUCAUCACUCAGCCUGUAGUGUUUUUCUUUUUAGUUCUGCAAUUCCAAGUCUUGUUAUUCUUUGCUAACUUGCAAAAUUAAGUUUCCUGCAAGAGUUGUGAGGUUAACUUUGCUACAGAAGUUGUUCUUGUAGUGCUUUCAAGUCAGUGCAAGUUGUAGUCCAAGCCUGGUAAAUGUUGUCUAUGCAGUGUGGUUCAUUACCUUCACCAGGUCGUAACUGUGACCAGCUGAAGGCAUAAUAUCUGGAGUAGUUUGUGAUGCAAGUUUCAUGCUGUGAAGGUGGUAGUCCAAGUCUGGUAGAUGUUGUGUAUGCAGUGUGGUUCAUUACUUUUACCAGGCCUUAAUGUUGGCAGGCUGAAGGCAUUAUAGCUGGAGUAGUCUUUGAUGCGAGUUACAUUCAGUAGUGAAUUUUUCUUUAACUGUUACUGAAGCAGUGUGAUAUGCGCAUGUGUGUACCAGGCAGUUUGGGUAGUUUUUAUGGGCAGUUAUAGGUUUGGCUAUAUAUAUAUGCCAUUGUGUAAGAAGCAGAAGUUAUCUAUGAAAAUGUUGAUAUCCUA